CACUUCCAUCCAUCCUAGUCCCGCAGUAACUAAUCCAUGUAAAAAUCGUAAUCUCUACCCAUUCCCGUCAGAUCUGCAUAAUCCCAUAUUAUGUCUCUACGUCACAAUUACCAAGCUCUAUUGAGGGGUCAUUAUCUCAGACAACUCACCAAUGUUUUAUACAAGAGGCUCAUGGUAUAUUUAUUUAUUCGUAAACAAAAUAAAAACAGCCCGAAUCUCUGCUCCAGUCUUCGCGUGAUACUGGACUACACUCUACGUUCGAAAAAUCAAAUACUAAGGUAGAGAUAGAGAAAAUGGCAUUCAACGCCCCGGCCUUAGCGACCCCAGCGCGCUGCACGGCUGAUUUCUCGCUCAUUCCGAUAGGACACCAAACAACCUCCUUCUCCCAACAAAUUGCCGAUGUUCAACGACUCGUGCAGCAAACAGGGCUGAAGUUCAUGAUGCACUCGACAGGGACUACGGUCGAAGGACCCUGGGAUCAAGUCAUGCAGGUAAUUGGAUGGGCGCAUACUCUUAUUCAUCAACAGGGUAUAGCGAGAAUCCAGACUGAUAUCCGGAUUACCACCCGGACGGACAAAGUGCAGCCAAUGGAAGGGAACGUCGCGUCUGUGGAGAGGAUUCUGGCUGUCACGUAAAAGGUUCGCUCAUCUCUGUGGAUUCUGGAUUCGAGAAAGGAUGUGCUAGAGGGCGCUUAACUUGAACAACACGGAGCCUGUCUACUUUAUGCUGAACGUUGGCUAUUUGAAUAAUUGAGCCCAAAACCAAAUCAAAGAAAAACUAGUGCAGGAA